AUGCUCGCAGUAUUGGAAGACUACCAGAAGAACUUUCUAGACCUGGCGCUGGAAAGCCAGGCGCUGAAGUUUGGGUCGUUCACGUUGAAAUCCGGUCGCCAGUCUCCGUAUUUCUUCAACCUGGGCCAAUUCAAUACCGGGAAGUUGUUGUCGAACCUGGCCACCGCCUAUGCGAUCGCCAUCAUCCAAUCAGACCUCAAAUUCGACGUCAUCUUUGGCCCGGCUUACAAGGGCAUCCCCUUGGCCGCCAUUGUGUGCGUGAAGCUUGCAGAGAUUGGCGGUACCAAAUUCCAAAACGUCCAGUACUCUUUCAACCGGAAAGAGGCCAAGACCCAUGGCGAAGGUGGUACUAUCGUUGGAGCUCCUUUGCAAGAACAGCGCGUCUUGAUCAUCGACGACGUCAUGACUGCAGGAACCGCCAUCAAUGAGGCUUUUCAAAUCAUUGCACAAAACAACGGUAACGUGGUCGGCACUAUUGUGUCUCUGGACAGACAAGAGGUGCUUAACACCGAGUCCAAAGAACGCUUGAGUGCCACUCAAGCUGUUUCGCAAAGGUACGGUAUCCCUGUGUUGAGUAUCGUUACUUUUGCCAACAUCAUCAACUACCUUGAGAGUAGGAUCACUGCGGAAGAUAAGCGGAAAAUGGAAGAUUACUUGCAGACAUAUGGCGUGUAA